AUGCUCAAGUCUACAUUUGUCACUCUCGCUCUUUCACUAUUGGUGGUUGACUCUGUUGCCGCCGACCAGAGCUGGCAGAGCUCGCUUUGGAAGGGUAGCUAUGGAGGAUAUCCAUACUACUCCAAAACAUGCGUCGUUCCACACAAGGAUGGCCAGGAUGACUCUCCCGAGAUUGUCAAGGUCUUCCAGCAGUGCAACAAGAACGCGCAAAUCGUCUUCAAGGAGGGCGUCGAUUACAACAUGUGGAGCCCUAUGUCUUGGGUAAACUUGAGCGGCGUCACCAUCAGCCUCAACGGCAACCUGCACUUGCCCAACAAUAUCACAGCCGUUCAGCAAAAGGUUGCCACCAACCCCAAUCCACCAAGCAACUACGCCAUUCCUUGGAUCUACAUCCAAGGCAGCAAUGUCUAUCUCAAGGGUUCAUCCUCCAAGAAAGGAGGCGCCUUCCAUGGCUACGGACAGCAGUGGUGGGACAUUGGAAACCGCACACUCCGACCGCAGCUCGCCACCUUCAACGUGACAAAAGGGUGGAUUUCCAAGAUUAAGGUCAUCAAGCCAGUAGCUUGGGGUUUCAAUAUUCCAGGCGUCAAUAUCACGAUUACGGAUCACUUUGUGGACGCCGCACCAGGAAACAGCACGCGUGAUAGUACUAUUUCUUUCCCUUUCAACACUGAUGGAUUCAAUAUGGCCGGUCAAAAUAUCGUCCUCGACGGCUACUAUGGACACAACGGCGAUGAUUGCGUCUCCGUCGUCAACGGUGCCCGUAACAUUCUUGCUAAGAACGGAUACUGUGGAUUCUCGAGUCACGGUCUCUCGAUUGGAUCCUUGGGCCGCAAUGGUGCUAAUCACACUGUCAAGAAUGUCUUGUUCAAAGACUGGACGAUGGAAGGUGCUGUCUACGGUGCACGGUUCAAAUCCUGGACCGGAGGCAGAGGUUUGGCCGAGAAUGUUACAUGGCAGAACAUCAAGGUCGUAAACGUCUCGACACCCAUCUUCGUCACUCAAAAUUACUAUGACCAGGACAAAGGUCCUCGUCCAAACAAUACCGAGGGUACCAGCACCCACCUCAACAACAUUUUGUUCGACAACUUUUCGGGAACCAUUGGUCCCAACCCGACCGACGGAACUUGCAUCUCGAACCCAUGCUGGAACUAUGUCCAGGGUGCAGACGGAACGCAGGCGAUUAUCUUUGAUCUGUUCAACAAUACCGCUCUCAACUUGCAGGCGACAAGGGUCAAGACGAAGCCGAUCAAGGGAAGCUACAGCGAUACCACAGUCAUUUGCGACCCGUCCACGCUUGCACCAGGAGAGCAGAAUACUCUUGGUUUCCAAUGCCAGCGCGGGCCAUUUGUCACCACGCCCAUCACCGCAUGA